GGGAGAGAGAGAGAGAGAGGCCCAUUGUCUCUCUGCGCCAGCGAAAUCAGAGACAAAAAUAGAAUUGAAUGAAUCAGAAUGCAAUCGAAACAAAUUACACGAUAAGCUGUGUGAUUCAUAAAAAGCCCAUAAAACAGUACAAACACAAAAACUCAGGCGACGUCUCUGUCCCUGUCCUUGCUCUUCGUCUUCUUCUUAUAUAUAUAUACAUAUAUAUUUAUAUAUAUCAGCAGCUCGAGGAAUCGAAAAGGACAAGGUUCGGAACCGCCCGCAUUCGGAUCCGACACCCCGUCGGGCCCCAUCCCCCUCUCUCUCUGCGCGCUUACCCUUGUCGUUGCAGUUGUAGAGAGAGGGAGACCGUGAUUUUCUUCUAACUCAGGUUUCUCAUGAAGUGACAUGUGCAAGUUUGCAAACGUCUGACUAAAAAUUUUUCAUGUAGGAUCUGAUUUUCGUGCGCUCUCUUCAUAAAUGCUCUAAUUGAUCGGAUUACUUUAAGGUGAUUGCUCUUUGCUGAGUGAAGUUGGCAUCUUCUAUGAAGGCAAUAUUUGUCAUUUUUGAGAUUUUUAGAAACUAUCAUCAUGGGUGCUUGUACAUCAACACCAUCUAAACCAAUUAAAUUGCGGAGGAAAUACCAUGUUCGGUUUCGCAAAUACCAUGGCAAGCUUUCCAAUUUUGUCCAUCAUGGAGCCAGGAAAAAGAAUAGCGAUGCUGAAACUCGUGUAACUGAUUUUGCUGUUAGUGAGUUUCUUCAUACGACAACCACCUGCAAAAGAUCUGAUGUUUCUAAUUCAACAUUCCAUCUCACCCAGUUGGAAUGGCACCAUAGUGAAAUUGAUGCUAAUGUAUUUUGCGAAGAGGAAGCAUGGUUUGACUCAGUCAGUAUUUUGGAGUCUGACUCAGAUGAUGAGUUCAGUAGUGUGCAUGGAGAUUGUUUUCCUAGCCUUUCAAGCAGCAUUCUGGAGAACAAGUGUAUGUACAAAGAAUACCAUGAAAGAUAUCUGAAAAUAGAUGCUGGUAAAACAGACAAGUUUUUGAGCAAAGAUGGGUUCAAGGAAUCAAAUGGAUUUUCACUUAUAAGUGCGCAGGGCUAUGAACUUUCAUGCUUGGGUAAGGAAGAAGAAUUUUGCACCAAGAGGAAGAAAAACUAUGUAAAAGAGGAUGGAUUUGAUUUUGAAGAGAAAGCUCAAGAGAAAAUUUUGAAGUCUGGCUUACCCCGAUUGGUUCCUUCAUUAAGUUUCAAUGACAAGAUUGUUAAUGCAUCAAAUUCAGGUGCACAAUCUCAAAAAAAGAAAACUGCAGUUAUCAGACUUUCGUUAAAGAGGACAUCUGUUGAAGGUGAAGAGACCAAUGAGUUCUGUGCAUCAAAAAAAUUCCUAUAUCGUCCCAGAGCAGGACUUCUGAUUCCGUGUUGUACAGAAGGGAAGCCAACUACAAGAUGUUGGCUUGAGAUUGAACCCUCGCACUUUAAGCUCCGUGGUGAUAACUAUUUUAAAGAUAAGCAUAAAUCCCCUGCACCAAAUUACAGUCCAUAUACUCCAAUAGGGGUUGAUCUUUUUGUGUGCCCAAGAAAGGUUAAUCACAUUGCCCAACACCUUGAGCUUCCUAAUGUUAAAGGAGAAGGGAAGGUGCCUCCACUACUCAUUGUUAAUAUCCAGUUGCCAACCUAUCCAGCUCCAAUGUUCCUUGGUGAUAGCGAUGGGGAGGGCUUGAGCCUUGUGCUAUAUUUCAAACUUUCUGAGAGCUUUGAGAAGGACAUUUCUCCCCAAUUUAAGGAGAGCAUCAUGAAACUGGUUGAUGAUGAUAUGGAAAAGGUUAAAGGGUUCGCAAAAGAAUCCUCAAUUCCUUUCAGAGAAAGGCUAAAGAUCAUGGUUGGGGUGGUUAAUCCGGAUGAGCUUGUUUCAAGUUCUACUGAAAGGAAGCUUUUGCAUUCUUAUAAUGAAAAGCCAGUCCUUUCACGUCCGCAACACAAUUUUUAUCAGGGACCCAAUUACUUUGAGGUUGACCUCGACAUUCAUCGCUUCAGCUACAUAGCAAGGAAGGGACUUGACGCAUUCCGAGAACGUCUGAGAAAUGGAAUACUGGAUUUGGGUUUAACAAUUCAGGCGCAAAAACAAGAAGAACUGCCAGAAAAAGUACUGAGCUGUGUGAGACUGAACAAGAUUGAUUUUGUUGAUCAUGGCCAAAUACCCACACUCGUGACGGUUGAUAAAGCUUGAUUUGGGUGGUGGUGUGCUGCAGGUCUGGGCAUUCAAAAGUUAUCGACAGUCGAGUGUGUGGGAAGAUCAUAUGUUCAUUAUGUACACAUUUUAAUUCGCUGUAAUUAUAGCUGUAUACGAAUGAUAGGAAAAGAAAAUUCUCUCAUGAACCAGCACAAACAAAAUGUCCAUCCAUCUCGAUAUACUAUUCAUUUGAACAUCAAAAUUCUUUACUGUUAUAUAAUCUGUUACUUUGAGCUUAAAUCUUCACAACCAAAAUUCUCUU